CUGGUCUUUAGCCGGGAUCUCCACACUUCCCAACGAACUACUGUGCGAUAUCAUUCUCAUCGCAACGGAACAAAGUGAUUUCAUGUCGAAGAUGACACGCGAAUUCGCGGCCCCGCUCGUUUGCCGUCGAUGGAGCGACGUGUGUGCGACGAUGCCUCAGCUUUGGUCUACUCUUGUAAUCUCGGACACUCUGCGGCAUUCGACUUGCGACUCUGUUGGAACGCAGCGUUGGUCUAACAUUGUGAAACAGCUUCCAAAAUUGCUUUCCCGGAGCCAGGGAGCGCCUGUAACGCUCCGAUUAACUACCCGGGACCUGGAUGCGCAACCGAUUAUUCCAACGGUCUUUGCUACCUUACAAACGCCGCUUGCUUCUAUUCGUUCGGUGGUCAUCCAAUUAUCAGCAUCCUAUGUCCGCGACGUAUCGAAAUCUAUUGCUACGUCACUUCCUGUCCUGGAGUCUCUUUCUAUUCAUAACGCAAGAAGGUUCGAGCUCCAGUACACUCCCGCGGACCCACUGCCGUUCCCACAUGUCCUACACUCGACUAAGUUGAAGAGUCUCACCGUCACGCAGCUCUCUGUCCUAACGGACACUCAAGGCAACAGUAUAUUCUACCGUCUGACUUCUCUAAAACUGGCGGAUCGGACCGAAAUUGUUGAAUCAGAGGCAAUAAAGGACGAAUCACAUAUACAAUGGAUAGAACGAGUCAGUCCUGAUCAGGCUCUAUCGGCAGUACGAGAAAUGGCGAGGAUGCGGGUCGACCUUCGCAUCCUCAAGACAACGCCAACGCUUCAAAGCCUCGAAGUUACUCUUCCCCUCAACCUCCUACACUGGGAAUAUAUCAAGUUGGAACACCUUCAUACUCUUACGUUGACAUUGGCCGGUGGUGUUCGUGACCAGGGCGAGGAAAUGAAUCUCCAUUCCUUCAUUCAGACCAUAGGCGCGCCGACCCUUCGAGUAUUAAAUAUCUGCCGACAGUAUGGGACGAACGCUGAUUUUCUCCCACGGGUCCUCUCCAUACUCCAUUCUCUCACGACUCUCUGUCUGAGUGGUUUCCGCAUCCAGCCUGAUGCGUUAGAGAGAACAUUACGAGCGGCUCCACUAGUUCAGGAGCUCCAUCUGUCUGAAUGCGUGGUAACCUCGGCCAUGUUGGCUGUCCUCAACCCUAGCUUGCAGGUGGUUUGCCCUGCACUUCGAAGUCUGAAGGUCGACUUAUGGUUCAGCCCAUGGACUAACAGUCACGAUGAUUUCUACCAAGAAGAUCUGUUGGACUUGGUUCGAUCUAGGGCGGAAAAUGCAAUGCUGGGACGUUGUCGUAAGCUUCAAGGAAUAACUAUCCGGGGAUUGAGUCGUCGGCCUAAUUCCCACAAGUUGUUGGAUGAAGAUAUUCUGGAAGCCAUGCAAGAACACGUACACGAGAUAUAUUUAUGUCCUUACUCGCGUAGCUAGGGGAUAAGAAUCACAGCAACAUCACAUUUCCCAUGUUUUGGUCCUAUUAUAUAAUCUUUGCAUGUGUCAGACUUGCCAUCGUAGGACAGACGCACCUUUUCGCGUCCUCACCCCGACGACCACCAGAGGAUGGCUUGCCCAGCAACAUCCGCAUGAACCACUCCAUUUCUGUCGUGGAGAACAGGACCACCUUCACCUAUCGUAAUCAUCGCCGCUGCUAUUCUCCUCUAGUCGCGAGUUCUGCCAGACCUGUUCAGAAGACGAAAUUACGAAUAUGGGCGGGAAGAUGAACUCGAGCGGGUCAUGCGCGAGCUGUGCUCAGUUGACAGCGAGGGCAACAACGUGCUUCCGGUACCGACAGGGAACAAGGUGUCGAGUGUACGUUUAUCCCAGACUGAUCUUCAUUCUACUUAUCCAGUCCGCAGGUGCCAAUUCACCCAACCUCGUAGUCACUCCACGUCUCCUGCCGCGAGCCUCCUCCCCUUCCUCACCGGCUCCAUCCUGGAUCUCCAUCGCGUCUUCCCUCUCAGCUUCAUGGCAUCCAAGGAUUCAUUGACGCUGGCCAUCCUCAGCGGAGGUCAAGUGCUGAUGAGCAAGCUGGGCGUUGCGGUGGAGUGGAUUCUAUGAACGGACCACCGCUCGCAUAACCUUCUUUCGCAACCCCAUUCGUCAUCUCGCGAAAGGCAAUGUUCUCGCCCACCACGCCCAAUUUGUCCGACUGGGGAUGUAGCUUCGCAGUCCGCGAGGGCGUUGGCCAGAGUGCACAUUCUGCCGCCCGAUUCGCAAUGACAACCUCCCAGCUCACGCCGAGUCUUCACACCUGUAGCUGCGGAAGAAGAUAUAUCGAUACUUGCGAACAGCAUACAAAACGGAUUAGUUCCCUUCUCCAUAUGAUAUUCUGCAGGCCCAGCCUUGCGCCUUCUGGUUCCACGCAUUCGAUCUUUUCAAGCUCCCAUGCCAGGUCAU